AUGGGCGAGGAGAAGAAGCAGCUGUCGAUCUCCAUCGUGUGCAAGCGCCGGCCUCACAAGACCUCCUCCCUCUUUGCUGCCAUCGACGAUGCCCCCAGCUCCGCGCCAGCGCCAGCGCCCGCCCGGCACCUCGCCGCCUUCGUCGUCGACACCGCCACCUCCACCGCCGCCGCCGACCCCUCCUCCAGCACCCAUUACGGCCUCACCCGCCUCGACGCGGCCGAUGCUUCCGACCGUGGCACGGAUGAGUUCAGCGACAUGCCUGUGGAGGGAUUUGGCGCCGCAAUCCUUGCUGGCUACGGCCUGAUUGUAACAAAGGGGGAGGAUACCAAGGUCGCCCAUCGUGGCGCAAGACACAGGCUUGGCUACAAUCCCUCUGAGCCCGAUAAGGAUUGCAGGUGGUCUGGUGGAAAAAGGUCUAGAACAGAGGAGGCUUGCCAGGAGGAGGAUCGCGAUGCCCGGCGCAAGAGGCCUUGUGGUGGAAAAAGGUCUAGAACGGAAGCUUGGGAGGAGCUGAGAGACGGCCGGGGCAGCAGCAAGGUGCGGUGGCUACAGAGCCACAUCAGGGUCCGGGUUGCCAGCGAGGAGCUGGGCAAACGGCUGUACUUGACGAAGGGGAAGGUUGUCGACGUGGUGUCGCCGACGACGUGCGACGUCGUGAUGGAUGAUGGUUUGAGGCUCGUGCAGGGCGUGGGGCAGGAUAUGCUUGAGACGGUGCUGCCGCGGACGAAUGGCCUGGUGCUCGUGCUCUACGGGGAACACAGGGGCGUGCGUGGGCGCCUGGUCGUGAAGAACGCCGAGGAGGAGGUUGGUUUGGUGGAGGAUGUGGAAACGGAGGGUGUGAUACGUGUUGGAUAUGACCAGAUGGCAGAAUUCACCGGCGAUUUGGAGUAG